AUGGACUCUGCGCCAGAUUCCUCGGGCAACACCCACCUCACCUGGGCAAACGUAGGACUCGCCUUCGCCUUUAUCCUCUUCGAUGGUGUCCUCUCCACCACUUUCGGUCUUGGAGUGGGGAGCUCGCUUGUCACGGCCGCCGUUCGCUGUGUCGUGCAGCUGAGCGUGGUGGCUCUCAUUCUGCGUCAGGUUUUCGAGAGCAAUAACCCGUGGGCUGUCGCGGGCCUGGCAUGUCUGCUGAACCUUAUGGGCACCAUUGAAACAGUCGUAAACAAGUCCAAAAAACGAUACGACCAUAUGUUUCCCACUGUGUUGAUUGGCAUGCUCGGGUCAACACUUCCAGUGUCUAUCAUUGGAAUACGAUUUGCCAUGGCCGUUGAACCGUUUUGGAAACCAGAGCAGUACAUACCUGUUGUCGGAAUGCUUUGUGGUGGCACGAUUUCCGCAAUCGUCGUUUCUAUAACUUAUGUACUCAAGGAGAUCUACGAUAACAAGGAUAAAGUCGAGAUGUACCUUGCCUUCGGUGCUUCGCGAUUUGAGGCAUGUAAGCCGAUCGCAAGAGACGCGCUGCGUUUAGCCCUUACGCCCAAUAUCAACCAGAUGAGCGUUAUUGGUAUCAUCGCCAUCCCUGGCAUGAUGACCGGUGCGAUCCUCGGUGGUUCCUCCGUCGAACAAGCGGCCCGGUUACAAAUGGUCAUCAUGUUCAUGAUCUCCUCAUGCACCGCGCUCGCGUCUUUCACGACCACCAUUCUGGCGCUCAGCAUUGUUGUUGACAAUGAACAUCGUGUACGUACGGACAAGAUUGACACUCGCCCGCACGCUGUAUGGCGCGCGCGGAGCUGGCUCUUUCAAAAGGUCGUUGAUGGUGUCAAAAAUGGUGCGGCUUCCACGGCAAAAGGUUUUGCAAGACUGUCAGGUGGGCAAGGCAGCACGGAGGAUGGUCAAGGGGAGCGUGAAAGACUGUUAGGAUGA